AACUGGUAACUGAAAUUGUGUCACAUCACAAGGAGCUAUCAGGUCCGGAGCAGCACGCUUUCUCCAAAAUAACUUCAAAACAAGCAAGGUUCUCAUAAAGCACGUCAGAUAAAGGAUUUUAUUCUUUCCAAGGAUAUUUUCUCCCCACCUUCACGUAAACUGUCCGAGUCGGAGCUCGCUUUUCAUGGCCUUUGACCUCUGGAGGAGGAUGCUCCUAAAGGAGUAAUUCAAGCUUCUGUUUGUUGAUGUGAUGAAUCUUCACUUCUUAAGCGGAUGAAAUGCCUUGAAGCUUGCACCGCCUUACCAUGGCAGGUUUUCUCUCCGCUGUGGGUUUGGCGGUGAUGCUCCAGGCUCUGGUGCGUGACCAGUGUGCAGCGUUUCUGGGGAUAACAGUGUUGGUAACGCUGAUCUCUGCUGGCUCACCUCUUCCAGACGAGUCUCUGUUGGACUCACACACCUCCCCUGUCGAAGUUCUUGGAGUGGUUCCAAAGACAACAAGAUCAUCACCGUCCACCUUACCAGACUCGCAUUAUACUGCCUUUAAGAAUCCGGAGUCACUCAGUGCCCUGCUCUCCAUCCCUGAACCAGUUUCCAAAGCAAGAACUGCUGACAGCGAGAUUUUUAAAUCAGGGCAUGAUGCUUCUGAAAACUCUAAAUCUGUAGUGCCAAGGAAUGUCUAUGCAGAGGAGACAGGCAUUCGAACAACUCCACCAUUAAGCCCCACUGGACUUCCCCAGGGAUUUGAGGCAUCAGCUACAAGCUCCACUGAAAAGAGGGGGGUUAGGACUAAUCCUCACAAACAGGAAUAUAAUUUUUCUCUAUAUUCCAAGCGAUGGAAGCAACUACCCCAGUCUGAUGCGUCUCUGACAACCUUAAAUCCUUCUGCUUUGAGAAAAUCAACAUUUCAUCAAGGUCUUGAUCAUGAAGAAGAAACAACUUCAAGCCUGGUGCAGAAUGGGACAUUAAAACAACUGCAGUCAGUCGUGACCUCAGUGGCCAACCCACCUAUUGAACCUCCCGAACUAGCUUUGUCUGAGUCUGAAAGUCAAAAGGUUGCUUCAAGCCGCCAGAUAGUGCAGAACAAAUCUGAACGGAACAUGAACACACUACCUAGCUUAGACGAGAUCAUGGCUCCUGGCUACCAUGUGCCUUUCAUCACCCCCCAAUCCUCGUUGGUUUUUUCUGACCCUAACCAGGUGCCUUCAGAGGACUUCUACCCUACCAACACCAUGAAUGUGGACUGGGGUUCUGGAGACUACUUGGAAACAAUGUCCUUCUUCAACACGGAUAAUGAUGAUUACUCUCUGGUUACUAGAGUUCUCUCAGACCCAUACGAUAUGGAGGACGACACGGAAAUGUACGACACAUCCUUUCCUUCCAGAGUGGGCAUAUCGCCUUCCUCCAGGCACCCUGGUUAUGUCUCAUCUUCUUCCAGCCUCAUGACGCCACACCUUACCGUUCCUCCACAUCAAUCCAUUUAUCCAUCCUCCCUUUCUACAAAGGUUUCCAAUUUACUGCAGCCGACUGAUGUAGCUGGAACAGAUGCACCUGACGUAUCAGACAUUGACUGGGGAGAUGCCUUCACAAUUCGACCAACAGAUGUCCUCUUGCCUGACAUGAACAGCUUAGAGUAUUACACCACUCAGCUGACGAAGGACAGCAAUGCUUCAGAAACUGGAGCAGAGUACAGGCAGAAUGUCACUGAGAUAUCCCUCAAUGCUACAGUGGCUCCACCCUCCACAGACGUCAUCACUGAUGGUAAUCUGACAGAGGGUGAGUCCUCCAGCGAUCUGUCAGGGUUUGGGCCUCAUUAUGAAUCAACUACAAUAGUUACCACAGAGAUUACUCCCCAGCUGAGCAAUGCUUCUGAGUCUUUUCUUGAUCCUUCCAUCAUCCCAACCUACGUCUUAGAUCCCUCUUCUUCUGUAUGGGGUGGUCCAGUUUCCACCACAGGCUGGUUUACACAUACGCUCACCAUAGAUAUUGAUUCUGCUUUAGCAGAAGUUUUACAUCCAAGUGCAACAUCUCUGCUACCAGAAGAUUUAGCGUUGUCUUCUUCUCUGACAGAUGUCCAUUGGUUUGUUACAGAAUCAUUCGAUGACGGCCCUACACUCAUUACUCCCAUCAUAACUGCAACUGUAGCCUUCUCUCCUGAACCCCCUGAAAACACCACUGCCAUUGCAACUGACCUAAUGUCCCAAGACUCAUUUGCAACUGAACAAACCAGCGAUAUGACUCUAGUUUCAAAUGAAUCCAUGUCUUACAAUGUUACUCUGGUUCCUCCGGUUAUGUUUGGUGAUCAGAGCGUGAUGGAGGAAGACGGAGCGGAUAACCUAACCACAGUGGUCACAAACCCAACGAGCAGUGAAAUUAUUACUGCUGCGGCAAUCACAAAUCCAGCUGCCACAAAUACCCCUCAUCAGGCAACAACCGGAUCUUCUGCCACCGCUGAAACCUCAACUAGUGUUAGCAUCACCACUACUACCAGCAAAACAACCACAGCUCCAUCAACUACAUCAAGACAGUACCUCUGCAAUGUUGACCACCCUGCUUAUUUAACCAAGACUGGUUUCCCGUCUGGGGUGACUGUUGGAUUUGCCAAAUCUCAAGUGAGAGACAUUCUGAAAGUGGAAUUUAACAAGUCAGUGGAGCUGCAGGUUGUUAGCCCUCCUCCACAGUUCGUCUUCCGGGUGGUGUCAGGUCCAGUUGUGUACACAGCCAUAUCUGUCAUCAACGCUUUGCGAAGGUCCGCCCGGCGCUUCCUGUAUGUGUCCCCUAACCAAACGACACCGGACCAGAAGUACCAAGUCCACACAGUGUUGCAGUUUAUCCCGGGUCAUGUUGACAUGCGAUACUGCAGCUUCUUUGAGAGCGUGGAGAAAGGUUUGAUCAUGGCUUUUGCAGAAGUAUGGCGUCGGUCGAAGGAAUCAACCAACUUCACCAUCCAUAUUCUAAACAUCACUACGGCUACAAACAGAUAUGGGGAAAAACAGCUGACGAGGCAACCAGUAGACAUCACCUUCACUGUCAGUGGUUCUCGGGGUUAUCUUAUGGGGUCGAAGGUCAGCAACGCACUAAUGAAGCUCACAAUGGUAGAGUUUAGCUACUACAUUGGUUUCCCUGUGCUGCAGAUUGCAGAGCCUUUCCAUUAUCCAGAGCUGAACACCAGUCAGCUUCUUCGCUCCUCCUGGGUUAGAACAGUUCUCCUGGGUGUUCUGGACAAGAAAAUGAGCGAACGGACCUUUCAAGCCAACAUGGAGCGCAGAGUGGCCUUGUUGCUCGGGGAAGCAAUGGGACAAGUCAGACGAGUCAAAAGAGCAACCACUGUUGGCAACAGCAGCGUACAGGUUUUGAGUGUGAGUCGGCUGGAGGGUGCCGACAAUCCAGCAGAGAUGGUGUAUUUUGUGGAGGGUCAUAAUGGUCAGAGGAUGCCUGCUGUCCAAACCGCCAACCUGCUGAACAGCCUGGAUGUUCAAAGGGCCGCCAUUAUCCUGGGCUACCGUGUGCAGGGCGUUCUGGCUCAGCCUGUAGAGAAACUGGCGUCCUCCCCCUCCGACUCAGAGAACAGCAACAUGUGGAUCGUCAUCGGCGUGGUGGUUCCGCUGCUCGUCGUCGUCAUCAUCAUCUCCAUCCUCUACUGGAAGCUCUGCCGGACCGACAAGCUGGAGUUCCAGCCGGACGCCAUGACAACCAUCCAGCAGAGGCAGAAGCUACAGGCUCCCAGUGUGAAAGGCUUUGAUUUUGCCAAACUCCAUCUUGGCCAGCAGAGUAAAGAUGAUGUCAUGGUGAUCCAGGAGCCCGCCCUGCCAGGCUCUGGCUCUGCUCCUCUCGCUCAGUCCAUUAAAGAUGGCUUCAGUCCAUCUGAGAACGGCGAGGUCCCAACGCCCAAAUCCAAAACCUCCGCCUCCUCCACCAAGGCGUCCCGCGGCGGCCGGAGGCGAGAAAGGAUCUCCCCAUCAGACGGUGACUCAGUGGUGAGUGACCACUCCAGUGAACGGGAACCCACUGAGGAGAACCCGAGAGCCCACGCCACGCCCAGCGACAGCAAGCAGACCCGCAAGAAUAGAAUUGGUCCACCACCUAUGAAUGGUGCUGCAAAUGAGCAGCUGUCGUCAGCCUCCAUCUUUGAACAUGUCGACCGGAUGUCUCGCGCCACAGAUGCGAGCCGCAGACUUCCCAACAAAGUCCAGCUCAUCGCCAUGCAGCCAAUGCCUGUCCCACCACUGCACAGCCAACCCGUCAACGGCAAACCGUCUGAUCCCAACCAAAUGAACAAGGAGAUCCAGGCAGCGUUGAGGCACAAGUCAGAGAUUGAACAUCAUCGUAACAAGAUUCGCCUGCGCGCCAAGAGGAAAGGUCAUUAUGAUUUCCCUGCAAUGGACGACAUGGUCGGCAGCCUCAGCGACACAAAGGAGCAGGAUCGCAUCUACCAGAAGGCACAGACUCAAAUCGAUAAGAUUCUGGAUCCAGAUAAUCCCGUUCCCGCCGUCUUUAUGGAUUCCAAGAAAAGCGGUCGUGGGCGGCGCUCUCCAAAGCAGAGAUUGAAGGAUCAGCUGAAUGGAGGCCUGAUAGAAGCAGAUAAAGACCACCUCAUCACUGAAGACAGCGACGCCGUUUAUAGGAAGUGCCCUGGGGUCAACAACGUGGCCUACGUGUCGGAUCCGGACCAAGGCCCCGGUUCCCCUCAGAGGAGCCCCUCCCCCACCGAUGAUGUCUUCCUCGGCCCAGCUUCCUCCCCUCCGGGCCACGCCCCGCCCCCGCCCCCCUACCUGCCCCCACAGCCCUCCAUUGAGGAGGCGCGGCAGCAGAUGCACUCGCUGCUGGACGACGCCUUCGCUCUGGUGUCACCCACCUCUCAGAGCAGCACGGCGGGCAUCACUCUGCCCGGGGUCAACAGCAACCCCCAGGGCUGCAGCCCUCCAGGCCGGGGCCCCAGGGCCUGGGGCCCCUCCUACCAGCCUCCUUUUCCUGGUAGAUUCACUGAGCUGGGUGUCUCCUCUCCUGCAAUCCAAGGCUUGACCCCAAGGCAGGGCCUUGGCUCCAGCUACCUGCCACCAGGAGAAGCCGCGGGCCUCAGCGAGUCUCUCCAGCCGGACAGCUUGUUCUCCAGCAGGGGGCUUUACGCCAAGGAGCUGCCCUCGUCUGCCAGGCCGCGGCCGGUGGGGGGGACCACAGGCGCCCAGCUCCAUCACCUCACACAGGUGGGCCUGUCCAGCCGCAUGAACGGCUACCCAGCAGGCAUCAGGGCGGCUCCCGGCCAGAACGGAGGCCUGAGCUGGAACCUCUACCACACUGACAACUUCUCCAGGCUGGAAGUUGAAAAAGAGGCAAUGCACAGGAGUAGAAGUGGGGAUCCCACGGCACCCCCUGUCCACCUGGACACGUCAGCGGCGGCGGCGUACCUGUCUUCCACCCCGCCCCUGGACACGUCGCCCCCCACCCACUCCUCCGCCUCGCUCAUCAAGGCCAUCAGAGAGGAGCUGCUGCGUCUCUCCCAGAAGCAGGCGGCCGUGUCCAGCUACCACAGCUGAAGCUCUGGACGCCUGAUGAUGCUUCCCAUGGAAGCUCCUGUAGCGCCACAGCAGAGGAACUGUCCUGCUAAAGUGAAGCGGUGGUUCACCUAAUCCUCAGACUCAAUACAGGAAAAAAAACAAUAGAUGAACUGAGAGGAAGGGUUGUGAAAUGGGACAAGUGUUUCUGUCUCAAUGACCAGGCUGGGAUAAAUCCAGCCGUUUCCACUGUAGAACCAUCAUUUCACUGUACUACUUCAGACUCAGUAUUCUGUCAUGUUUGUAUUUUACAAUCUUACCUUCACAAACAGAAACACCCCAUUUAUGGAAGUGUUUAACUGCCAGUGCCUAGAAAUAAAUCAAGAGCAAAACCUUCUCAUUAUAAUGAGGUGAGUUUUAUAUCUCAUUUAUAACAAGAAGGUUUUCUUGUUAGAACAAGAAGAACUUCUUGUUAUAAGCAAUGCUCUCCUCUGACAGACUGACUUCUUAAAGAGGCAUAAAUGGAGCCACUUUGAUUCUCCCUCUCAUCCUGUUUCUUCUUAAUGACAUCUAAAAAGCCCAACAAGUGUUUCUGUUUUACUGCUCUGACCAUUCUCACUUCAAAGAGAAGAUAUUUUGGUUUUACUGAGAUAUAAAUCACCAUAAGUUGUUUUUUAAAUCUUAUUUAAAUUAGAUACUUUAUUUCCAGCUUCUGGUAGUUAAAAGCUUCUGUACUCCAUAGUGUCCACUCAUCACAACUAUGAAGAACUACGUACUGUAUGUAGUUAAACUGUUUUGAAUGACGACGAAACAUCAGUGGCAUCAAGUCUAACUCUUCUCUAAUCCAAUAUGGUCAAAAUUAUGCAUACAGGUUCAGACAUCCACCACACUCACUGAUUUAUUAACCAACAGGAGUAUUUUAAAGUCUGUUCUCUGAUCUGUCUGAUUUUGUUUUAGGCAGACCUGUGAAGACGCUGUUGCAGGAAAGAUAAAUGCAUGGAUGAGUUUCUGUAGAUUUUUAGUUCUGUAAUCCUGAAAAUGUUCUUCAGGUGUUAGAAGACUGACUUUGUAACAGUUUUUAUAUGACUCUGAAGGUUCAGGUCUGAGCAGCACUAUACCCAGAUUUUGGUCUUCCUUCUUCUUUAUGCAAUCCACUUUGCACCACUGGCAGCAAACAGAUCCUCAGCAUGAUGCUGCCACCACUUUGCUCUACAGUUUUUUCACUUCUUUAGGGUUAAGAGCCUGUAUAAGCAUUCUUCUUCUCUCCAAAACUAAAGUACUCAGUUAUAAAAUGUUCUCCGGAAGAUUUCUUUGAAGUACAUCUGGGUGUCAAAUACAGAGCAAUAUGGAAUCAUGACCUCUGACCUUAACUGAGGCAGUGAGAGCUUUAGAUUAUGUCAAAAAGUUUCUGUGGCUUUUUUUCGCUCAACAGGUGACAUUACAAUCUGAGAACUGUUUCUUUGAAGGUCUGAACAAUGUAAGUCAGUCACAUUUUUCAGCCUGUAUGCAUAAUUUUGACUCCUAAUUUGAUCCUGAUUAUUGUUGUUUUUAAAACAUAACAGGAUGAAUGUUCCGCCAGUCCUUAAAGGAAAUGGAAAGUUCCAAAUAUGCUGUUAAAACCCAGACAGUUAAUAUUUCUGUCCAUAAUGAGUGGAUGUAAACUCUACGACUCCGACCAUCAGCAGCUCGUUUUUGUAUUUCUGCCAUGAUUGAGCCUCGCCUGCCUUGACACUGUGAUGUAAACAUCAAGCAAGCCUGACAGUGUGGCUUCCAUACAUGAUAAUACUGAACAUUUCUUCCUCAAUUAUAAAAACCAUUUCUGUUCAUUUUGAUCAUGUUUUUUCAUGUUAAAGUUCUAUACUGUUUAUUUCUGUGUAAUAUCUAACCGACUGGUAUUUAAUGGCCUUGGUAGGAACCUGAAACAGUUUUCUGGGCUGGUUUUAUGUAUACUUGACAUAUUACUGUAUGUAUUAAGUAUUUGGCUGUAACUUGAUGCACUGUUUGCAGACUACUCACUGCACCUCUGGUGUUUCAAAAAGAGCGAGUUCAAAAGUCAUGAGCUGUAAACUAGGACAGGCAACUUUUCUGUGUUAACUAUAUAUUGGACCAUCAGCUUUUAUUCUCACAGUAUUUAAGGUUUGCUCUGCCUUUUUGUACUGUACUGUGCUUUUUUUGUCAUUUUUUGUGCUUUAUAAAUUGCCUCAUGUGAUUAUGUUUACUUUAUUUGUUUUUUUAGUUGUUAAAAAUCUUACAAGAUUGCAUUUUUCACAAGCAACGUCCUGACGUGUUCUAUCCGGGGGCUGAGGUAAUUUAUUGAAGUGAAAUAAAAGAUGGAAAUGUGGAA